AUGUCGACCCUUGUCAAGACAAUCAUCGCCACAGGCGCGUCUUCAGGAUUGGGAUUCGAGGCCGUCAAGCAACUGCUCCAACAAUCACAACAGCGCUACCGCUUCAUCCUGGGCGCGCGCCACGCGGCCAAGGCGCGGGAAGACUACGCCGCCCUGGCCUUCGACGCAUCCGAGCACCAUGUUACCGUGUUGCCCCUCGAGCUGUCGAACCUGCGCGACGUGCGGACUUUUGCACGCCAGGCUCUCGAUGCUCUGGGCAAUGAAAAGGUCGACUUCCUGCUGCUGAACGCCGCCAUGUCCAGUGGCGCGGAGAAGCCUGGUCCCUUUGGGUCGAAGUGGUGUGAAAGUCAUGUCGUGAAUCAUUUGGCUCAGCAUUAUUUGGUGCACUUGCUUCGCGACAAGCUUGUAGAAUCCCGGUCGCGCUUGGUCUUUGUGUCCUCGGGGGCCGUCAGAAAUGUUCCCGAUCCGACCGCCUUGGACGAGGACCUCAAAGGAGGCUCCGGCACCCCCUUCCAGACCGUCUAUUCGGAGACCAAGUUCGCCAACCUCCUGGCUGCGCACUGGUGGUGUCGCCAACUUCGAGGCCAGUGCGCCGUCGUGGCCGUGUCUCCUGGGCUGAUCCCCGACACGGGCCUGGGGCGCAACUUUGCGACGAAGCUCAGCAUGGACAUACCUGAUGCCAAGCCUGUGUCUGAGGGAGCUCAAAGCAUUUUGCGCGCCUUCUUUAGGGACGACUUCCCCGAGGAUCCCGACCAGAUCUUCCUAACGAGCUGGGGCGAGUGGUGGCCUAAGGAGGUCUAUGAGAAGACGCUCGAUAAGGCUUUGCAGGAUAAGUGGUGCCCAAGCAAAGAGGAGCUGGAGAAUGAGAUUGAGAGUCAACGUGGAAGCGGAGCAUAGUCGUACAAUUUGACUGGCAUUGAUUGCUGUUGCCGAGAUUUCGUAACCAAGCAAUGGAAAGGGGCAUGGUCUAUGAAACCUUGUACAGGACGCAGGAUGAUGACAAGAUAUCUUGCCUCUAUGUAGGUAGGUAACGAUCUUUGAAAUUGCACGCUGCCGUUGAACUCGAAAAAAUACGCCUCCAGGAGGACAUUGUCAAAACAGGACCUCUGUUCGUCCGACUAACUUGCAGAGAAAGGAUCUCUACUAACCAAAUGGCGCCAGAUGCCGAAGGGAUAUACACAAAAGAUAAAAAAAAAACUAUAAAAAAAGGCCAACGACCAUACACUUUGUACGCACAGAGUUGAAGUGA